CUUGUUGUUCGCCCCGUCCGCGUCCCCAGUAAUGUCGUGAAAGUGUCUCACAUCUGAAGCUCAACGUUGUAAAAGUGAACUGAUCCUCUAGAGAUUUGAAAUGAAUGUCGCUGAUUACAGUACUAUUUUCAGUAAUGGAAUGAAGACAGAAGCCCCCUACCACGGCUUGAAGAACCAAGGAUCAACAUGUUACUUGAACAGUGUGCUGCAGGUGCUGUUCAUGACCAAAGACUUCAGAGAAGCAGUGAAAAGGUACAGAGAAGAAAACACAGAGUGUUUUGACCAUGACCUCAAUGACUUAUUUAAGAACUUACAAGAACGUACAACAGACACAUCUGAAAUAAGAAAGAAGCUGGGCAUUGUCAAAGUGUAUGAACAACAGGAUGCUGCCGAGUACUUUGAGAAGAUUUUAAGACUGACCAGUCCUGAGGCAUCUCAGAUCUUUCGCGGGGAGCUGACACAUGAGACCACCUGCUGUAAAUGUGAUACAAAGUCUGGCACCACUGAGCCGUUUUGGCAUCUUCCUCUCGCGUUGAUGGAUUCCAGCAGCAAAGACUAUAGUGUGGAGGACGGCAUCCAGCAGUUUUUCAAGGCUUCAGUAUUCAACGGAGACAAUCAGAUGUACUGUGACACCUGUGAUGACAAAAAUGAUGCUACUACUCAAUAUGUAAUCAGGAACCAUCCAGAAGUUUUGAUGUUGCUGCUGAAGAGGUUUGACUUCAACUACUAUUACAUGAAGUACUUCAAAAUCAACCGUGUUGUGGCUGUUCCCUACAGUCUUCAGAUACCAGAGGGUCAGACAUAUGAACUGUAUGCAGUUGUGGAUCAUUUUGGUGAUCUGAUGAGUGGACAUUACGCAGCAACAAUCAAAGAUGAGCCUGGAGACAGAUGGUUCCGCUUCGAUGAUACCAGGGUCACAUUGUUUGAUUAUCAGCCGUUCCAGGUGGACAACACUGAGACAUCCCGGAGUGCUUACCUUCUGUUUUACAGGAAGAUGAAACAUGCUGACAGCUGCAGGCUCUCCCAUAGUGGAGGUGUCCAACCCAACCCCCAUCGAGAUGACAACGACAACGACACAACGUCUGUUCCCAUCGACAGAAAUGUACCAGAAAUAGUCAGUGUUGUUCCUACAGUUCCACCUCCUGGGCGAUCUGAAAAUGUAGAAAAUCCAGACAGUGAAGUUGAUGUUAGGAGGCCUGAACAAGACAGUUACCAGGAUCAUGACUUGUAUAAGAAUGUUGAAGAUGAAUAUGUCGACAAACAGGGGAGUGAUGAGGGGAAGAAAAUGAAGGAUGAUGAGGAGAACAUGGGAGGAAAGGCAGAAGCUGAUGACCAGGAAGUAAACAGACAACUGAUCUGUACAGAAACGACAAGUGUAGAGGAUCAGGAAAAGGCAGCGAUACAAAAGAACAGAGAAGAGAGUGAAGAGGAGUCACUGGUAGAAGAUCAGCAGCAGGACAAUGGAGAGUUAGUCAGUGUUAGACACAACAGAAAUGAACAUCAGGACAGUAAACAGAGAACUGGACACUAUGUGAAAACUAGACGACCUAUGUCAGUUGAACGUGUCAGUGUGGAGAAGAACGAAGAUACUGAGAUAAUAACAUAUCGACUUAUGCAAAAGGGAAAACAUUCUGGGAAUGAUGAGAGAGUUGAUGACACUAGACAAAAAGAAAGAACUGAUUAUCCAGAGUGUAAAAGGGAAAUCAGUGACACAUCAAGAAAUUUUUCUCUGGGACAAAUGGACCCGAAGGUUGAUAGUAGGAGACGUGAUGAGCACGUGCAAAGUAGAGGAUCCACAGUACACUGUAGUGUGUAUGUUGAGGACAAUGGAAGGUCACAUGAGAGACAGAAACAGGAAGUCAGACACAGCAGAGGAGAUUUGAGACAGGGACUGUCAGGAAGUAGAGGACCGACACAGAUCCAAGGAGAAAUAAGAGAUCAGGGGAGACACCAUGGACCAGAUGAAAAAUCUGUGAGGCACAGCUCCAUUAGAGAAAACAAAGAGGGAGGUGCAGGUCAUUCAAAGCCACGUCCAGGUAAGAGAACCCAUAGUGAUACUCAAAGAAGUCUCAAGACAAAGCAGGCAUGGGCAGAAGUAGAAGAUACACCUCACAGAAUGAACAGUGGUAGUCAUGAGAGAAGAUCUGAUCAAAACACAGAUGGUUUAACUAAAGAUGUCAGUAAGUUAAACCUGAAUAAGUCACCUUUCACAGAGACACAGACACAAGGACAUGUAAGACUCUUUGGAAACAAAGGAGAGGACAAUGAGGAAACUCAGUUAAAUGUCAGUUCACCUCCAAGGAAAAGAAAGAAAGAAAAAAGACAAAAAAGAAAGAAAGAAAAGGGACAGAAAAAAAAUAAAAACAUAAGUUGUCUUUGGUCUUGUGUUUCUGCUCCAAAAAGUCCAGACGAUGUGAACGAGAAGUAUUGAGAUGAAAUAUAUGACACAAAUGAUUGUCUAGACUGCACGCUGUUGUUCAUCGACAAUGUUGUCUCAUUAGUUUUUGAAUGAGUGAUUUUCAGCUAAAUGACACUUAUCACAGAUCAAUAAGUAACCAGACAGUAUGGAGAACGCAGCCACGUGGACGAACCUCUCUUUGAUCAUAUUCAUGUGAAGUUUGGUGUCAGUUGCUCGUUGCAUACAUCACUUCCUGUUUAAGAAGCCAGGGCUGAUUUAGUCACAUUUAUUCAGUGUGUAGAAAUUCACACAGAUGAACUGCAAUGAAAAUGUCAGUGCAGAGAAAAACACGUUUAUUCUAAGUACAAACUGACCUGUCAUAUAAUUUGUUGUCUUUUUACACCCAAAAUGUUCUCCUAAUGCAGCACGUCGUAUAGUUUCAGACGUCAGCCUUGUUAUAAAUGUGUAUGUGUUUAGUUAUUUGUUCGUCAAGGACAGUUUUGAAUGACCUGUGAUUGUUGUUUACUGUCCAGUCACCUCACACCUGUAAAUCACUGCCCACUGACUACUGCUAAAGAGUGUGUGAUGAGAGCCAAACUACCGUGUCUGUGUUAUAUGAAGUACUUUGCUGUGAUUUAAAUAAAUAAAGAUAUAUAAAGCUUGU